CGGGAACCCCCGCCCCUGCCCCGCCCCUGCUGCCUUUGCCGGUGGCCCUUUAAAUCGGUUUUUACACAGUGUCACUCCGAGGUUCGUUUGUAGUGGGGAGAAGGGAGGAGGCCAGGGGAGAGAAGUGGGCGGAGGGCGCGUGCGGGCCGGAGCCCAGCCGCCCCCGCCGGAGAAGGGGAGUGACCGACGGGCUGGCGAGGGAAGGACGGGAUGGCUUAGAAGCUCUGCCCGCAGGACCCAGCGACAGCAAGAGGCUCUGGCAGACCCUGGGGCUGUGGGGAUGGCUGGGGCUGGAGAGUCCCCUCCAGAGCCUUGACCGCCUCAGCCCCGCCUCUAAGGGACGCCCAGAAGUUAGCAUCAGCGGGACUUGGAAGCUCUGAUUGCAACAACUAUGGCUGGUGAUUCUAGGAAUACUAUGAACCAGGAUAUGGAGAUUGGAGUCACUCCCAGGGACCCUAAGAAGGUUCCCAAACAGGCCCGUGAUUGCAUCCCCAUUGCCACGGACCGCACUCACCUGCUGGUGGAAGGCAAGAAGCCCCGCCAGCGCUACAUGGAGAAGAGCGGCAAGUGCAACGUCCACCACGGCAACGUCCAGGAGACCUACCGGUACCUGAGCGACCUCUUCACCACCCUCGUGGACCUCAAGUGGCGCUUCAACCUGCUCGUCUUCACCAUGGUGUACACCAUCACUUGGCUGUUCUUUGGUUUCAUUUGGUGGCUCAUUGCUUACGUCCGGGGUGACCUGGACCACGUUGGUGACCGAGAGUGGAUUCCUUGCGUCGAGAACCUCAGUGGCUUUGUGUCAGCCUUCCUGUUCUCCAUUGAGACAGAAACCACCAUUGGGUAUGGCUAUCGGGUGAUCACAGAGAAGUGCCCAGAGGGCAUCAUACUCCUCUUGGUGCAGGCCAUCCUGGGCUCCAUCGUCAAUGCCUUCAUGGUGGGGUGUAUGUUUGUCAAGAUCAGCCAGCCGAAGAAGAGAGCGGAGACCCUCAUGUUUUCCAACAAUGCGGUCAUCUCCAUGCGGGACGAGAAGCUCUGCCUCAUGUUCCGGGUGGGGGACCUCCGCAACUCCCACAUCGUGGAGGCCUCCAUCCGCGCCAAGCUCAUCAAGUCCCGGCAGACCAAAGAAGGGGAGUUCAUACCCCUGAACCAGACUGACAUUAAUGUGGGCUUCGACACCGGGGACGACCGGCUCUUCCUCGUGUCCCCACUCAUCAUCUCCCACGAGAUCAACGAGAAGAGCCCUUUCUGGGAGAUGUCUCGGGCCCAGCUGGGUCAGGAGGAGUUUGAGAUCGUGGUCAUUCUCGAAGGGAUGGUGGAGGCAACAGGCAUGACUUGCCAAGCACGGAGCUCCUACAUGGAUACAGAGGUGCUCUGGGGCCACCGAUUCACACCAGUUCUCACCUUGGAAAAGGGGUUCUAUGAGGUGGACUACAACACCUUCCAUGACACCUACGAGACCAACACACCCAGCUGCUGUGCCAAGGAGCUGGCAGAAAGGAAGCAGGAAGGCCGGCCCCUCCAGUACCUCCCCAGCCCCCCACUGCCAGGAGGCUGUGCUGAAGCAGAGCUGGCUGUGGAGGCUGAGCAGCAAGGAGAGGAUGAGCCUGUGGGCUUACAUGGGUCCCAGGAGACCAGGGGCUCAGUGUGAGGACCUCACUCUCCCUGGCAACCUCCCCUCACUGGCUUCUAGGAGCACAGCACUGCAGAGUUGGGGGUGAAUGGGGUAAAUUAGUUGAGUGUGCUGUUUGAGGGGACCAGGAGCCAUCACGGCUCUGUGAGGAGGAGCGGUAUAUCCAGUCCUGGAACCUCCCAGCUCAGGGCCUCCCUGAGCAGGUGGCUUCCUGGCUGGGCCCCUGCAGUAAUAUAGCCCCUGUCUGCUGUCCAAGGGCCAAGCCAGGAUAAGCUUUCCCACAGUGAGAGUUACAGGGUGGCCUCUGGCCUCAUUCACACCGCUCUCUGCAAACUAGCCCUCAUCACCUCCUUUGGGUCUUACAGACCAAGUGGCAAACCCCUCCAAGGGCUGACACCUGGAGAGGGCUGUCGCCCCCACCCCUCAUUCCUCCUUCCCUGAGGCUUGUUGUGGGUCCAGGGUGGAGAGAUUCUGCUGCCUGGAAGCUCAAACCCUUGGUCCUAAGGUGAGCUCACAGCCCUCGUGGGUUAAGGUCAACCCAAAAUCAUGAAGGCAAUUCCUUUUAAAUCUGAGGCCAGUGCCCAUUGUGGGCUCUGGUCCAAGGCCCUUGAUGAUCUCUGUCACUACCUGUGAAGUGUGUGUUUUUCCUCUGCUGUGUUCUGUGUGCUAAACGUAGCCUACCAGAUAACUGAUCUGCUUAGAGUGACCCUUAGAAGGUGGCCUGGGCCACACAGCACCUCUGAGCAAUGUACAGUUGUCAUCAGCCACCUCCUGGCCACCCCAGGCACACUGUGCCCACAGCUGCCACUGAAAGAAGAGCGCCAACAGUGGCUCUUUCCUGGUGCUUUGGCCCAGGAACCUCCAAGUACUUCUGACCUUCACUGUAGUUUUCUUUCCCAGUCUCAGAGAGUCUGUGCUUUGAGCCAGGGAGAGAGCUGAGUUUCAGACGGCAAGAUGAGCCAGGGAGUGCAGAUGCAGGGAGGGCGGAGAGGCAAGAGAAACAGAGAAAAGCCGGCAGCUACAGUGUUCCGAGAAGCAUGAGCACCGAUUGCUGGAGAAAGGCCCAGACUUCGAGGCUCAGCAUGUCUGUUCUUUCCUGGGAUAAUGGGAUAAUGGGAUAAUGGUGACAGCAGAGGCAGCCUCACCUUCCAGCCCAGGCUGUACGGACUCGCAGGCGGCCCCCCUCCUGCGGGCAGCCAGCAGCCAGGCCGAGGAGCAGGGCAGAUGCCCAGCGAUGCGCGCAGGGCUGCCUCCUCCCACCUAGGAAGCAACACAGGGUGAGGAGUCCGUGGGAGCCUCGGGAACAGGUGAGCGUGAGGGGAGAAAGAGUAGAGAAGAGCCUUACAAAUGACGACUUCCAGGGGCUUUUCUCUUCCAGUGUGGAGGCACAGGAGGCGGACGCAGGCGGGCAUGACCACCCUGUGGGUUAAGCAUGUCUGGUUUGUGUGAGGCAGACAGGCUUCUGAUUAGCUGACUUAGACUUGGAGAGAGAUUUUGGAUGUUCCGCAGCCCCAGCAUUACGGAGGCCUCCCCCGGGGUUUUCACAACUGGCCUUUGAAAACGGAAGCAUUUCCCUGCCCCAGGCGCGAGCGCCUUCCCUGCGGGGAGGAGCAACACCAGGAGGCAGACAGUGAGGGCGGAGCGAAGCGGUCCUCUGGAUCGCAGACCGUUUCCCCUAGGGACGGGCUUUCUAGGUCGCGGGCUGCCAUACUCACGGGCUGUCCUUGUGCUUGGCCCCGUUGGCUGGAUCUUGGGAGGGAGGCUCAGAGGAGCAGUGAGCAAGUGGGGGGCUUCCUGCUAUGGGCCUGGUGCCGGGCGUGGUUCCAGGAUCCUUCUGGGGUGAAGCGGGUCCGGAGGGAAAGGGGCUGUAGGCUGGAAUCCUGCCCUCAGGGAAAAGGGAAGCAGGCAGGCUUGGACAUCCCUGGGGGGAACUGCGUGCACCCAGGAAUCUAAGGCAGGAAGUCCUAGUAAUGGACGAGGACUGGGUGCCCUGGAGGUGGGAGGAGCUCCCUCGAGGGUGCUGCACUCUCCGAGGCCCCCAGCCCCAGGGCUCAGGCAGCAGGGCUACUUCCUUGCCUCCUAGGCAGACCCAAAGCCCACCUUCCUCAAAACCCAUCAGUGCCUGCGGGUCAGAGCCCUCGGGGAGGCAGCUAAGCAGGGAUGGGAAAACACAGGGGAAGCCAGCCUUGCAGCUGCACGGGCCUGGGGCCUGGUCCACACCUGCCUCCAGUUACGAAUCUCAAACAUCCGCCAUCUGGCCCCGGGGGCUGCUCUGCGGUUCUCUAACUCUACAGCAGCCUCCGGGAGCCUGGGCCAAAUCACUUCUCUCUGCCAACUACGGGAGCUGUAGAGGCUACAGAGGAGGAAGAGACCAAUGCGGUCCUGCUCUAAAGCUCUGUGACAGGCCUCGGUGACAUAGACGGUGUGCAUGUGAGCUGCUUUCCCUGAUGGCGAUUCAGAUGCAGGAAGACUGCCCUUCACAGCCCAUAGAAAUUCUUCUUGGUGACCCAACUAAGUUUGAAGUGUUCUUCAAAUCACUUCCUGGAAGUUCUUGUAUAAAUAUGGACUGAAUAAAGGUAAAACCUGAUGAGGGCCUGAGCUUCAGCAGAUCACCUGCAUGCAAGCCGCUUGGGGUUCUAGCCCUGAGCUACAUGGCUGCAAGCCCACCCGUCACUUCUGAAGGGUCACAGAGUUGAGCCCAGCGGCAAGGUGAAGCCACCAGUAAUUCCCACAGGGCUGAGCAUCUCAAAAAUCCCAACGCAUUAUCUCACUGGUCAAACCCCAAAAGCUUUGGGAGCUACAUACUGCCUUAGCAUGGGGGCUUAAGGUCCAUGGCCUUCCUUUCUAGAAUCACCCCCGGUAAGGGAAAAGCCCCCGGGGAACUCAGAAUAAGUUAAGUUCCCUCUAGCUUCCUCUCCCCAUCCAUCUGACACCCAACAGGAGCUGACAGUGUUGCCCAAAGGACCUUGUCCCCAGGUAUGGCCCGUGACUCCCCCGUGCACCACUGCCCAUGCCGUACAGUCAGAGCCCACUUCCUGUCAUUUCCUUCUGCUGCUUUGAGAUCCUGGCUUGAGCAGUUAACCUUGAUGGAGGAGAAAGAGCCCUUUCCUGUGUGGGAAGAGCCUCUCAGCUCCUCACCUGUACCGACUGCGCACCUCUUUCACAUGACUUAUUCUAUGCCCUGCCUCCCAGCAUGCCUUAACCAUGUAUCUCGUGUCAGUUGAGAACCAUAGAAACUUUAAUCUUUUAUACUGAAGUUGCCAAAGACAGCAAGAAAAAAAUUUGCCUGGUGUCUUCUGAGGAUUUGCCCUGAGCACAUCUCUGCACGUACCCCAUUUACUGAGUGCCUACUCUGUGCCCUGCAGAUGAGGCCCGUGCCUGGGGGUUUGCACUUACUUCUCCAAACAUUGCAGAGAAGCUCUUUGUAAUCCCUUGUUACCAAUGAGAUAACUGAGGUGCGCAGAGGCUAAUUUGUUUGCUCAAGGCCACAGAUAAUAAUAGGAGGCAGGGCCUCGGUGCUAAGCGUCUCCCAAACAAUCACAGAUGGGCUGUCUUGCUGAGCUCCAGCAGGAAGAGAUGAGCCCACCUUUUCAGAGCACUGGUUUGUCCGCCUUGCUGGGGAUCUUCAGCUUGCUUCCACCAGCAACUUUCUCCUGUGGCAGGAGGAGGGGGAAACACCAUUUUCUGAUUCCUAGAGAAUUAAGGAGUUGUGAAAAGAGAUUGGAUGGGGAAUUAAUGCUUUCAGGAAGAAACCACUUGUUCUGCUUGGCUUGGUUUUUGCUAAUGACAUCUCCUAAAAUGCUGUGUCAAAUCUCUUUCUCCGUGUGUAGGAUUUGUCAAUCUUCUCAUUCAAAGAACACCACUGCACUACUAAAAAUGCAUCCAAUAAAGUAGAUUUUA